AUGGCUGAUAUCAUUCCCAUAGGGUUUCGUUUUAGACCCAGUGAGGAAGAACUCAUUUCCCUACUUUGGCUGAAGGUUACAAACCAACUUGAUGAAACAGACCAUAUCAAGGAGAAGAUACUUUACAGUGACGGUGCAGAACCAUGGGAUGUUUUGGGGGAUAAUGAUGUUCGUUGGCAAUUCUAUGAUGAUAGCGAAAAAGGGGCUAGUACGAAAAGAAUGGUUUAUGUUUUUGCCAAGUUGACGAGAUUGAGUGCCAAGAAAGCUGGGAGAACGACUGGUUUGGGGACGUGGGACGGAGAAACGAAAUCGUACCCAGUUGAGGAUAUGAGUACUGGUGAGAAAAUUGGUUCAAGGAGGAUGCUAAGUUAUGUUCGAAUUCUGGUUCAAUAA